AUGCGAGUUGACGAUGGAUCCCAGAGCACGACAACGAUGAACAUCGUCCAGUCUUCUGGCGAAGCAAAACCUCCAGAGAGUGGGCAAGAAGCCAGUGAAUGGAAGUGGGAAGAUGAUUCGUCUAACCCCUACAAUUGGCCAAAAUGGAAGAAGAAUUUACAGUUGGCGAUGAUAUCUAUCGUUGGAUUUUCCUGCUCAAUAGGAACCUCGAUCGUCAGUCCAGCUCGAUCAAAAUUUGUAGAAGAAUUUGGUGUGUCGAGUACGGCUGCAUUCCUGCCGCUAUCUCUAUACGUUCUGGCCCUCGGCUUGGGUCCUGUACUCGGCGGACCGUUGUCGGAAACAGCUGGCAGACAAGCUGUUCACAUCAUUGCCGUAGUCUUUGGAGGGCUAUUUCUGUCAGGGUUCUUCUAUGGGCCCGUCUUGGCUAUUGGUUCGGGCGUUCUGAAUGAGACCUAUCUGCCUGUUGAGCGUGGCUUGCCGUCAACGAUCUUCAUUUUAUCUCCAUUUCUUGGACCAGGCCUUGGUCCAGUCUUGGGGUCAUUCCUUGUUGACAGAAAAGGCUGGCGAUGGACGCAGUACACUCUAGUGUUCUUCUCAGUCUUCUCUUUGAUCUGGCUGUUUCUAUCUGGAGAGUCCUAUCACCCUGUUCUAUUGCGUCGUCGCCGAAAGCAACUUGGUCUCGUCGAACCAAGGUCGACUGCGAACUUACAGAAACUGCGACAAUUUCUCACCGUUGGGCUGCUUCGACCACUGCAUAUGCUCUUCACCGAACCGAUCGUGGCCAUUCUCUCCUUGUAUGUCGCAUGCAUGUUUGGAACACUGUUCAUGUUCUUCGGUGCUUUCUUCUAUGUCUUUGACAAAACCCAUGGCUAUACUCUCACUCAGACGGGUCUUGUGUUCUUAGCGAUCGCUUUCGGAUGCGUGCUUGGAUGUAUCACCAUGGUUCUCUGCGACCAUCAUAUCUAUCAGCCCAAGGCAAGACAAUUUUCCCCAAGCGAAAUCCCCCCUGAGCUGCGGCUCUACCCAGCCAUGUUGGGAAGCUUGGGUCUUCCCAUUAGUCUUUUCUGGUUCGGCUGGACAGCUAGGCCAGACGUCAAUGCUGCGGGCAAUAUCACAUUGACCAUUAGCUCAAUCCAAUACCUCGGGGACACAUAUCAUCGCUCUAAUGUAGCAAGUGCGGCCAGCGCGAACAGCUUAGCAAGGUAUACCUUUGCUGCUGCGUUCCCAUUCUUCUCAUUACAAAUGUACCAAAAACUCGGUAUUGGCUGGGCAUCAAGCCUUCUAGGAUUCGUUUCACUGGCACUACUUCCAGGCCCUUGGAUAUUCUUUAAAUUUGGCAAACGAAUCCGCCAGCGAAGCCAGUAUGAGACUGCGAGCUACUAG